GAGGGUCUCGCGUGUUCCUCGAGGCUGCCUAUAUAAACCAGUCUGUAUUUAUCGCAUAGCUCACAGUAUAUUUUGCGACCGGGUGCUGUCUUUAGCGAUUCCCGAUAUCGUGUCUAGGCGCGCGUACGUUUCUGGCCGCGCCGCAACCGAUUUUCGGUUUGUACUACGUGGACAGCAUUGGGGACGAUUCGGGGAGUUUUACAAUUCGUGAGAGGAAGAAUAAGAGAACGACAAUUGUAGCAGGAUAAUGUCGGCGUCCCCGAUCACCAGGCAGGUUACGCAGAGUCAGACCAUACCCUCCAGGAGGGUCGCCAUCCAUGACCCGAGUGAAUUUCCAACAGACUAUUCCUCUACCCCUGGAGGCACGAUCUACUCCACGACGCCGGGAGGUACCCGCAUUGUGUAUGACCAUGCCUUUUUGAUGAAUUUACGAAAUUCUCCGAUUUCGCAGUCACCACCGCGAAAUAUGCCCUCCAUCCCUGCUAACAUUCUAAAGGAUUCACCAUUAUCGCUUCCGACAACAAUGUCACCAACAGUCGUACAAGCAAAGAAAUCCUGCCAAUCGAAAAAUUCAUCGCAGAGUUCGGAAUUGCCAUGUGACUGUGACAAUCAGUUUGUGAUGACGGACUGCUGUUCAUUGUUAGUUGAGAAGUCUUAAUACGUGAUCUUCUCGUAACUGCAUAAGUGCUUGAAUACUGUUCUGAGCUUUUCCAAAGGAAUUUAUCAUCGUACCAAGAGUCUUUAGAACCUCGUAAUAGGCAGCCGGUGUCCUUCUACAUCAGUGAAUGAAUCACUACAAAUAUAAGUGACAUGUUUUCAAAAUGAAGAAGAAUGAUGUGUAAAAAAUAAGUUCCAACCCACCAAACACAUUAUCAUAGUUAAAUAACAUUGAAGUAAUAUAGUAUAUAGCAAAAGUUAUUAAAAAAAAUACAUUGAUAUUAUAUAAUAUCUAAGUACUGUUGUUCCGUAACAUUGUUAUAAAGCAUUGCAGUGGCAUAUUAUUGACAUAACAUAAUAUGGUGCCAAUAUAUUAUGAGUAUGUUACAUUAUUUGUUUUAUAACAAUGUUAUAUAACUAUGCUCGGUGGAGAGAAUCUGUUACAACCAUUAACAAAUCACCUGAUGAUUUAAUAAAUUCUGUAUUUUAUUUUGUAAA